UAUUUUUCUGCUCUGCAAAUUCCUCUCCUCCCUGAUUCCCUUCUCUUCCCCUUUGGUCUCUCUGUAGUUUCCUUCUGCAGAGAGGUCGGCGAGGAUGGCGUGCCAGGGUGGAGGCAGAGGAACCUACUACUACAACUACAACUACAACUUCAACAGAGAGGCCUUCCCCGAUCGAAGAACGCGAAAGUUGUUUCGAAACGUUUCGGCUUUUCGCUUCUUCAAACACGGUCUCUUCAGCGGUAAAUGGCGAUCCGCCGCCGCUACCCGCCGUCGCAUUUUGAGCAUGGAUGCUCGAGAGAAAUCAAGAUCAACGAUAUUGGAAUCAGCAAAACAGAAGAGAGUGCCCAUAUUUGUAAUGUUGCCUGUUGAUGCAUUUGCCAUUGAUGCCACUGGAAGUCCAAGGAUUAGAAAAAUCAAGGCCUUAACUGUGUCUUUAAAAGCACUCAAGUUGGCAGGUGUUCAUGGAAUUGGAGUUGAGGUCUGGUGGGGAAUUGUGGAACGCCUUUCUCCUCUUGAAUACGAUUGGUCUCUAUACGAGGAGCUCUUUAAACUGAUAUCUGAUUCAGGGCUGAAGAUGCAUGUUGCUUUGUCCUUCCACUCAAAUGUUAACUCUUCUAGUGGAAAAGGGGGCAUAAGUCUUCCACUGUGGAUUUUAGAGAUUGGCAACUUGAAUAAGGAUAUAUAUUAUCAAGAUCGGCAUGGGUUCUCCAACUAUGAUUAUCUUACUCUAGGGGUGGACCAACUUCCUGUGCUCUCUGGACGGUCAGCCAUCCAAUGUUAUGAAGACUUCAUGCGUGGUUUUGUUAACAAAUUUGAACCAUUUAUUGGAACUGUUAUUGAAGAAAUAAACAUUGGUCUUGGGCCUUCUGGAGAGCUUAGGUAUCCUGCUCAUCCUUUCAAUGAUGGUAGAUGGAACUUCCCUGGCAUUGGUGAAUUCCAAUGUUAUGAUAAAUACAUGAUGGAGGACUUGAAGAUGGCUGCAUGUCAAGAAGGAAAGCCUCAGUGGGGGAACAGAGGACCAGAGAAUGCUGGCUGUUACAAUAGUCUUCCAUCAGGGGUGCCAUUUUUUGAAGAGGGAGAGGAAAGCUUUGUAUCUGAUUAUGGCCGUUUCUUUCUGGAAUGGUACAGUGGUAGGCUGAUUUGUCAUGCAGAUGCCAUCCUUGCAAGGGCAGCUAACAUAUUGGAGAAAUAUCAAGAAAAUAAUCAAACUGCUGUUUCAUUAGUUGCUAAAAUUGGUGGAAUAUAUUGGUGGUAUCAGACAGUAUCACACCCUGCUGAACUUACUGCAGGCUACUACAACACUGCUAUGAGAGAUGGUUAUGAUCCUGUUGCUUCAGUUUUUUCUCGUCAUGGAGCUGCUUUGCACAUUCCCUGCUUGGAAAUGAUGGACAGUGAAACCCCAUCAAAAUAUCUUUGCAGCCCUGAAGGAUUACUCCAACAGAUAAGGUCUGUUUCAAAGAAAAGGAUAAUACACUUGAUUGGAAGAAAUACAGAUGAGCGGUUUGACAAGACUGGAUUGUGGAAAAUACAUUCUAACUGUUACCAUCCCCAGGCAGAAGAUGUAAGAUCGUUUACUUAUUUCAGAAUGAAUGAUAAAAUAUUUAGGGUUGAAAAUUGGAAUAACUUUGUACCCUUUGUUAGAAUGAUGAGCAUGGAUUCAUGAAAAUGCUGUUAGACCUGUCUAACCAUUCUACUGAACUAGUUGAGCAGAAUAAUCUCCCCACCCCUACCUUAUUUUUUCUGACUGGGGAUGAAACAGGGAAUCCUAAAAGGUUUUGCAACUUCUUCAAAUAUCUUGUUAGGAAAUACCUAUACCGUUGGUGAGUCAAACUUUGAAAAUUUUGAUGAUGUUGGGCGAAUAAGUACCAGAACAGAAAUUUUAUUUAGUUCUGAAUAAUAAUAGAAUAGAGUCAAUAUCCACUUAUUCAUGUGUAAGUGGAUUUUUACUUAUGCAAAAAUAGAAAUAUUGGUUGGCUGGCUGUCAGCAUUGUUGGCCUCUCUGGCAAAUUAGAGCUCCAGCAGAUGGAGAGGUGGUCCUUAGAAUUGAAGCUGGUUUUGCCACCAUACUUGAUGCUCUUACAUAGCUUUCUGGAGCUGCUUGCCCUGAAGGUGUAAAGAAAGCACCAUUGAGCAUCAGAUCUCCAUCUGAUCUCCAAUUCCAGUUCUCCCACUCAGCAACAUCUGAAUCUUCCCGUUUUGUCACCUAAAUGAGAUUAAUAGAUUCUUCAGAACUCAAGGAAAGUCACAGAGUCUGCUGGAGAAAAGUUUAAGGUUCCUGGGUUCAACAUGUUUGUUAGUUUAGGUGACAAAGCUAUCGUGUCAAAUCUAUAAUUUAUAAUCAUCCAAAGAACGGUCUUUGCUCUUCUGAUCUGUUCUGUUUCUUUCUUUACCUUUGACGCAAAUUGAUCUUACCAUAUAAGGCACUAGGCAUUCAGA